GUCUGGGGACCCGCGGGGACCUGGUCAGUGUGAGGAAAUCCCUGGGGAGGAACAAGCUGCUCCCGCAGGGUUUGGCUGUUUAUGCCUCCCCGGAGAACAGGAAGAUGUUUGAGGAGGAGAAGGAGCUCCAGCAAACAGGAAAAAUUGAAGUUCUCCAGACCCAGAGCGGGGAGAAGACCCUCCAGUUCCUCCGGAGCGUCCGCCUGGAAGUGGGAAUGAAAAACAACGUCAAGUGGGAACUGAACGCGGAGAUCGUGGCGCGGAACUUCCUCAAGAAC